AUGGCGUGGGAUCAUCUCUCCAUCACCAAGCCACAUCUGGUCUACCUGAUCCUCGGCGGCUUCACCAGCCUGUUCAUGCUGUGCUCCUCCGUCAUCAAGGAACGCCUGUACAUUGGUGAAGCUACCGUCGCCACCAUCUGUGGCAUCAUCUUCGGCCCCCAUGCUGCCAAUCUCAUUGACCCCUCGACCUGGGGCAAUGUCGAUCUGAUUACUCUAGAGUUUUCGCGCAUUGUCCUCGUCGUGCAGUGUUUUGCCGUGGGUGUUGAGUUGCCGCGCGCAUACAUGGAGAAGCAUUGGAAGUCGGUCGUCCUGCUCCUCCUGCCAGUCAUGACUUUUGGCUGGCUGAUAACCAGCCUGUUCAUCUGGGGCCUGUUCCACUCGCAUCUCAACUGGCUCGACAGCCUGUGCAUUGCAGCCUGUGUCACGGCCACUGACCCUGUCCUGGCCUCGUCAGUUGUCGGUAAGGGCAAGUUUGCGAAGCGAGUCCCAAAGCAUCUGCGAGAUUUGCUGUCUUGCGAAUCUGGCUGCAACGAUGGCAUGGCCUUUCCCUUUGUGUACCUGGCCAUCUACCUUCUUCAUUACCGACCCGAUGCCAGCAAAGUGGCCUUCCACUGGUUCUGCAUUACAGUGCUGUACGAGUGCAUCUUUGGUGCCAUCUACGGGGUGAUAAUUGGAUACAUUGCAAGGCGUGCUAUUAGAAUGGCUCAUGAGCAUGACCUGAUUGACCGAGAGAGUUUCCUUGUCUUCUACUUUGUGCUGGCGCUCUUCUGUGCUGGCUCAGGCUCGCUCCUGGGCAUGGACGACCUGCUCAUUGGAUUUGCUUGCGGUGUAGGCUUCUCCAACGAUGGCUGGUUCUUGGAAAAGACGGAAGAGUCGCAUGUCUCCAACGUCAUUGACCUGCUCAUCAACUUGGCCUUCUUCGUCUACUUUGGCUCCAUUAUCCCCUGGGAGCUCUUCAACGCCCCGAGCAUUGGACUGACGCCCUGGCGUCUGGUAGUCCUUGGUAUCUUGGUGCUCUUCUUCCGCCGCAUCCCCGUCAUGUUGAUGCUUAAGCCCGUUAUUCCGGAUCUGAAAACGUGGCGCGAAGCGUCCUUUGCUGGACACUUUGGACCCAUUGGCGUCGGUGGUUUGUUCGUUGCCAUUCUUGCGCGCGCCGAGCUCGAGACCGAUACCACGUCGCCCUUGGCCGAACUGCCCAAGCCUGGCGAGGAGAAUUCUGAGCAUCUCAACAUCAUUGAGGCGAUAUGGCCCAUUACCUGUUUCCUCGUCAUUGUUAGUAUCAUCGUCCAUGGCAGUUCGAUUGCUGUCUUCACCCUCGGCAAGCGCAUCAACACCCUGACGAUAUCCAUGUCGUACACACAGGGCAAUGAGAACGGACCUGGCUGGAUGGACCGUCUUCCCCGCAUUCAAUCGCGCUCGAGAUCUUCUAUGGCUCGUCGCCCCUCUGAAUCUUCUUUUGAUGAAAAGUCUGAUUUCGCGGCGGCAACGGGUUUCGCUGGCUCGUUCUUGCGCCGUCAGAGGGAGGAGGAUAAUCCAAGCCGUGCGAGCUCGGUGAAGCCGACCGGUCGAGGCAGACGCUGGGACGCUGGCAGAGGCCCUGGCGGUCCCAUCUCCCAAUCUGCCAUUGCACCCAACAGACGCGAUGAGGAAAAGAUCGAGGCGAUACCACCCGAACAGGACACAGAUACUUUUGCCGAUGCAAUGGCCGCUUCUAGUUCGAGCUCGUCCAACGGAAAGGACAAGGUGAAGAUGCGUCAGCCCGAAGAAGAAAUCUACCAGGAAGGUCACCAGACCGUCUAUGAAGAUAAAGAAGGCAAUGUUCUGGGCGUGAGAGACAGCCAUGGCGAACACGGUGAAGCAAGAAGGAGACACGACAUUGAGAGAGGAGCAGAGCUCAUCAAGGAGAGGGACGUGCAGCAGGGUGUAUCUCAACAAGAACAUGGUAGCACAGCCGAGCAAGCGCCGGGUAACACAACUGAGCAUCCCCACAAGAAUUGGCGCUCUCGGAUGCAAAGUUUCUCGGGACGCGUCCACAAGGAUGGCAAGCCAGCAGAACCUCCAAAGGCUGAGAAGCCUGUGCAUAAACCUGGUCCCGCCCUGGCGUACCAAUAUGGUAACACCAUUAUUGUUGAAGACGAGGAUGGAGAGGUCUUGAAGAAGUACGACAUUCCAGCAGCACCGAAAAAAGGAAAGAAUGGCCAGUCUGCGGCGGAAGGUCCGAGUCGUGCAGUGCAGAGUCUGAAGCGCAUGGGAACCCACAUGGGCGUCCCCACCACUCAACAAGCUGGACCUUCUGGCACUCAGCCCACAAGCAACAAGAAGAAGAAGGCAGCCGAGGCAGCCGCCAAAGAGGAGCAAGACGACGAGAAGCUUCGAUUCACGGUAACGGCUGGUGGGCGUCGUAUGAGCAAAUUGGAAUUUAUCCAGCAAAUGGUACAAAUGAACCCCAAGGACCGGGCAAAGUUUGUGCAAAACAGCGACGUUCCAGAGGCCGUCAAGGACGCCGCAAAGAAGGAUGCGCAAGAUCACACCAGCGAACAGCGCCGUCAAGCCGCUUCUGCGCAGGCAAACGUGCCUCCGGUUCUAGGCGAGCAAGGCGAGGCCGAGCUCCACAAGAUCGAGUCCCCUGCAGCAGAUGAGGUCGGCAAUGCACGUGGCCCUGACGGCCUGACGCUUGUCGACAGCAACAACGAAUACGUCCCGUUCCACCCGGUACGCCAGGAUCUAGAAAAUUACACAAUGGGCCAAAGCAGUGAGACGGCUGCAGAGCGUCGAAGACAGCAAGCUGCAAAACAGUCCUCAAGCCAAGGGCCUCGUGAUACUAGUACCACUACGACUUCUUCACGACCGCUUCACCAACCAGAAGACGAGGACAGCUUCGAGGGCGAAACAGCAGCAGAACGCAAGCGUCGUCUCGGUGCUCUCGGUGUAGGCAAAGACGACUCGCCCGAGUCCGACUCGGAGGAUGAAGUGGAAACAGGCGACCCUCUCGAGACGGGUCGUGGCACCCAAUCGCGAGGUACUGCUGAGCCCAGUAACCAAAAGAUACUCUCAUCCCCGCCACGCACUCCAGGCAUCCGCUUCGCAGAACAGCCACGCGUGCCCACAAAGGACGAGCGCGCUGCCGAGGAUGCGCGCGUAAAAGAAGAAGACGAGCGUGAAAAGAACAAUAACAAGCGCAAGAGUGGCCUAAGCAAGCUUAUCAACCGGAAGUAG